AUGACCCCAAUUGUGGCAACCCGCAUCGCCAUUAACCUGGGAAUCUUCGAUUUUGUCCAUGAUUCUCUUAAAGAAGAAUUCAAGGGCGACGAAAUCGUAUCGCACGCGGGUGGAGACCCGUUGCUUGUGUUCCGUAUAUUACGGUCGUUGACGGCGAUUGGGAUCUUUAACGUCACCACAGCAGAGACCUACAAACCUGAUCCUGUUGUGAAGGACCUCGCUCGAGGUGGCUAUUUGGCAAGCCGGAUUAUAAUGAACUUUGACGUUCACUUCCAAAUAUUUGCGAAACUUCCCCAGUACUUGAAGGAGACAAAAUACAAAUCUCCCAUAAACGCCUAUGCGGGACCUUUUCAAAGUGUCUUCAAUACAGAUGAGCAUUAUUUUGACUGGAUGAAAUCGCACCCAGCCCAGCUCGAUGCCUUCAACCGUACAAUGCAAGCCGGUAUUAUGCGGGACAAUGCUGCUCGAUGGACCGAAAUCUUUCCCAUCGCGCAGCGAUUCCAGCAAUUCAUGAACACCACCCCUCCUUCUGAUGAAAAGCUUCAACUUGUGGAUAUCGGAGGAGGUAUAGGUCAUGAAAUCAAAGUUUUGCUUGACACUUUUCCGUGUCUCCGAGGCCAGUUCAUCCUUCAGGACGUACCCGGCGUCGUCCAACACAUGCUGCCGGAACUCCAGUCUACCCCCACAAUGCAGACAGUGCAGGCUAUGCCGUACAGCUUCUUUGAGCCACAGCCCAUUACAGGUGCACACGUCUACUUUUUGGGUCGUGUCGUGCACGAUUGGCCAGAUACUCAAGCGCGGAACAUCCUGCAGCACAUCCGAAAUGCGAUGGCCGAAGACUCUCUGCUUCUCAUCCAUGAACGCGUGCUUCCAGAUGGUGCGGCGAAGGUCCAUCUAUCGGAUACCAUCAUGGAUUUCAGUAUGAUGGUCUUGUGUUCGUCGCUCGAACGAACAGAGACGCAGUUCCGAGAUCUGCUCGUCUCGGUGGGACUGAACCUGGUACAGGUAUGGCGGCCAACCACUGCUGGGCUUCAUCGACAAGCGAUUCUCGAGGCAAUUCGGGCCGAUUUUCCUGAUGAUGAAUAA